AUGCCCGAGAAUGAACCUAUAUUACAUUCAAUUUAUACGGGAAAUGACAAAAAUAGUUCUAUAUUAGUUUUAGAGCUCGAUGUAAAUAAUAUCUGGCUAAUUGAUAGCGGGUCUUCUCGUUCACUAUGUUACCAAUAUUUGAGGGCUGCAAUUCUAAAACGUAAAAUAUCGAAUAUUAAAGGCAUUAUCGUCACAAACACACAUCAUGGCCGGCUUGAUGGAGUUACAAGAUUUCUCAAAGAAUUCUUUUCUCAACACUCUAAUACCGAUGAAUCUCAAAAGCUUGACUGUCUCGUGAUUCUUACCAAAGAAUUCAAUAAUGAACCAAUUAUUAAUAUCCUAAAAGAUAAUGGAUUCGAUAUUAUAAAUGAUUUUAAUGAUAGCGAUCCGAUUUUUGAAAACCCAAAUAUAAAUAUGAGGUGCUUUUUUCAUGAUAAAGGAAGACCUUUAGUUUUAAAACGUGAAAAAAACAUUGAUCAAAAUCCAGGCUUCUGGCAAAGAGGGUAUGAAAAUGCAGUGAGGUAUGUGGCAAAUAAUACUAUGAUAAACAAUUAUGUAAAUCCCUUGAUAAAUAAUUCCUUGAUAAAUAAUUAUGUGGAAAUUAAUGCAUUGGCUAGAAUUUUUUGGAGAAAAGAUGGUGUUGAACCAUUGCCAGGUUUACCAAUAGAAAGAUUCGGUGAUGAAUUAUUCUUAAACGUACAAAAGAACAAAUCAAAAGCUCAUGUUGAUCUAUCAAGUAUUCUUACAUGCUUACAGUAUUCAAAAGAUGGAAAUAUAAAAACAAUGCUUCUCACUAGUGAUAGUGCUGCUUCUUGGAUACUAGAAGUUAUAACAAUAAAGUUGAAAGAACAUCUGCAAAUACAAUUAAAUGAACGACCGUCAAUUGAUGUAUUUCAAGUACCAAAUUAUGGCUCAAGAAUUAACUCAAUAGUUGGAACUUUUGUUGACCCUCCUAAACAUGUAAAUCAACAAUUUGCUCUGAUGAUGAUUCUAUAUUAUGGUAGGGCGUUUGAUUUUACAAACCUAGAUGAUAGAGCAAUAGUAACUAUUGAGAAUGAUUUUGAAAUUAUGUGCAACUUUUCUAAUUUUGAGAUUUUUGAGGAAGCAGCUUUAUUGGAAGGAUAUAUUCAAACACCUUUAAAUUUAGAAGACAUCAAAAACUUUUUAAAAUAUAUGGCAAAUGCAUUAACAGUCCGAAAAUCAGAAAAAGACAAUAAUAGUAAUAUUAAUUGGAAUUGGGAUGAAAUUAAUUGGCCGGAAGUAGGAAGAAAAUUAUAUAUUAUCUAUAAAAUGAAUAAAGAGACAGGACCGUGUCAUUGGCCCAAAUAUGAUUUUAUUAAAGACGUGAUUGAUAUACCUAAUAAAGAAUUUGAUCCUUAUUUUGAUAACACAAAAAGAGGAAAUAUCUCUGAUGAACAACUUCAUGUGUAUUUUAAAAGUAUAAAAAAGAGAAUACGUAAAAAUUUCGAUACCAUUAUUUGGACAAAUGAUGAUAAAGUAAAACAUCAACUACGAUAUGCUACAAGUCUAAAACCAUUAUUGGUUCCAUUAUGGCAUAGUCUUUCCAUUUCUCCUUUAGCAUUCCGAUAUAUCGCUAAUUCUAUUUCGAACUUUUAUAAUUCAUUUACCGCAAAGACGUAUGUCAUCUCUUCUGGAUCAAGGCACAGUCAUCUAGAUGCUUUGGUUCUUGUUGGAAUUAUUAAAUCUAUUUUGGAAGAUUUAAAGGAGAAAGAGAGAAAAGCAAUGAUUUUAUUAACGAAUGGCUCGAAAGUUAAUAUGAAUUUAUUGGCUUCUAUGAUUGAUGAUUUCUUAGAAAAUAAAUCUAAUGAUGUCCAAAAACUCUUAAGUCAGCGUAUUGAGAUUUAUACAAUUAGUGACAGCUCUUAUGAGGUUAGCGUUAAGCUUUCUAAUGGUGAAUUGAAUGAUCAUAAAAGUGCACAGCUUUUAAGAUGGGAUUCAAUAGGAAAAGAAGAAAUAAAAAAAGUCACUGAUAUACUUAAACGUAAUAAAAAUCUUCCAAAUAAGCCAAUCAAUAAACAAAUCAUUCAUGAUAUAAAAAUUUCAAAUCAUGAUCAAGAUCCUCUUUGGCUUAAUGUUGAUGAGGAAGGUAACUUGGCACCAUCUAAUGCGCCUGUUUCGUUUUUGAUAUCUAUCAUGCCAUAUCCGGAUCAAGGAAUUAUUUAUCAAGGGAUUUACAUAAUUGUUUAUCAUA